CUCGUUUGGCUCCUGAUAUAAAAACAGAGCUGCUCUCUGUCCCCGCUGCGUUCCUCAGUCUCCUCUCAGCUAGCAGGCAGUUUGCGCCAAGAGGCCGAAAUACAGGAAAAAGAGCAGGACGAUCUCUGGCACAUUCCCCAGGAUGGAGGAUUCUCCAUCCAAGCCCUCUGUGGCUGAGCUGGCUGGAAAGUUCAAAGGACACAUUUUACCAAUGCCCGGCUCAAAUGGCGAGUUGCCAUUUCGAAGGACACCCCCCUGCUCGCUAAAGUUGCAGAAACAAAAAGAUGACAAUGAAGAAUCAGAUAAAACUGUCAUCUCACCGAAUCCCUUUAGGAUCAAGACCAAGAACUCCUCCUUUAUUGAGAAACUUCAGGCAAAUCUUGCACUGUCGCCCACUGCUCUGCUGCCUUCACCCAAGAGUCCUGAGGUGAAGCUCCAGCCAAGCCCGCUGUCCCCCAUCACCCCCUACAGACCGCAGAGUCCCACCCUGCUGUCCUCACAUCUGUCCAGUGAAGAGGAUGAUCACAUCAGCUUCGACAGCCCUCCUGAAGGCAUCCCGCUCCCCAACUUCAACAAGACUCGGGCAAGAUUAUCAUUCAAAAGACGCCCACCCACAAGACAGCACAGAAGGUCAGCCGGAGAGGAGAUAGGAGCAAUCGGGUGUGCUCAUUCCCCAUGUGAACCCCAUGGCCCAAAAGCAAAUGGGAACAUGGACCACGUUGUUGAAUAUGGACAGCCAGCAAGUCUGAAAAAAGCUGAAGAGAAGGACAAGGACUGUGAACAAACAGAGGAUGAGGAAGCACAGAGUGACUCAAAUUGCAGGGGAGAUCGAGAGGAAGAUCAGGAAGCAGAGCAAACCCAGAACAUGGAGGUUAUGGAGGAGGAAGAGCAGCCUUUAGAGCCUAGCACUUCCGAGCAGAUAGAGGGCGAUGUUGAGACAGAGAUGGAGGAGUUGCCUGAGGAGGAGCACUAAGGAGGAAAAAACAUGGUGUAAACUAUGAAGAACAAAAUGAAAAUGAACAAACAUUUUUUGCUUUGAUUUAAGAAAACUCUUAAAAUACUCUUCAACAAAAGAUCAUUUGUUUUACAUUUCUUGUUACCUGCUCUUCAUAAGUCCCUUUGUGGCCCUCUCCUGGCUGUCUCUCAGAACAGGUCUACAAACACUGGAGAGUUAUGAGCUGCAGCUAUUGCCUGUAUAAUGGAAAUCAGCAUCAAGGUCGAUACAAUAUCCAUUAUCACGCAGGAGGAAUGUUGUGUCAUAUUGAAUCAAGUCUUCAUGAGAAGACUCUCAUUAUUACGAGAAUUUGCUUUUUCUUCUUUGCAAAUCAAAGACAUUGUUCACUCCCAGGUCAGAAGUAUCUGUCAUGUGCAAAUGACUUUGGAAAUGCUGAAUGCUGAUACCCAAAAGCUAAAUAUUAUUAGACUACAUACAAAUAUAUAUAUGUAUAUUAGCAGAUAUAUAAAAUGUUCUGAUGUCACAACAAAUCACUUUAGGUUGAAAUGAUGUACAAUGCUAAUCUAGUUUUCCUUUCCUCUGCUUGUUUCAUUUUGUAUUCUACAAAAAAUUACAGUGCUACAGCGGAGGGGCUCGGGUUCUCAGCAAUUGUUCGCACAAAUGUUAAGAAAAUAAAACUUAUUUUCUUUAUAAAGGGAAUGGUUGAUAUUGCAUGUGUUUGGAAAUGUAUUGGGGUUGAAAAAAAUCAUUAUUGAGGUAAAUAAUUUUAAUUCUGUAAA